AUCGUCAUCACAUUCAUCAUCUUCAUCAAAAUUAUAGUGUGCCCUUUUGCCUUUUUGGCAUCCUCAAAAGCAAAAUUCCUCAUAGUCUUCUCCUCCUCCUUGCUUCUUCUUAUCAAAGUCUUCAAGUAUAUCCUCUUUCUUUAAUACAUGUAAUCCAGUUUUGUACUUAUUUUAUUGAAUGCAAUUUAGCUUGCAUGUGUAUCAAAUUUAUUCUUCUCUCAGCUUUCUUUCCCAAUUCAGUUCGCUUUCAAGAUCGUACCUUUACUGUUCAAACACGCAAAACUUGUUUUCUUACUGUCUGUUGAUUGAUUCACCUUUAAAAAAAAAAAAAAGAAACUUUUUUGGUGAUUCCCUUUUCGAAGAUUUUCUGAAUCUUCAUUUCUUGGUGAUCUUGUUCACAAAAGUGUUGAUUUUCGGCUUUGCACUUGAAAAUCCAAAGAGAGAAGGUUGAAUUUUUGCGUUUCGGUUUGCUAUUGGGAUUCCUGAGAGGAGAUUUGGUGUUUAGAACGGGCAAUUAAAACAAAGAUUAUUGAGAGGGAAAUCUUUUUAGGUUUAAUCUCAAAUUUAAAACUUAUUUGUUUGUGAGAUGUUCAAGAGUUGCUAAAUAUGAAUUUCAGGAAAAGAAAGUUAGAAGGAUUCACUAGAAUGACAACCAUGAGUCAGCCUAAGAUUAAGCGUAGGGUCGGUAAAUAUGAAGUAGGAAGAACAAUUGGUGAAGGGACAUUUGCCAAGGUUAAGUUUGCAAGAAACUCUCAGACUGGAGAACCCGUGGCACUUAAGAUCCUUGAUAAAGAGAAGGUUCUCAAGCACAAGAUGGCUGAUCUGAUCAAGCGGGAAAUAGCCACAAUGAAGCUGAUAAAGCAUCCAAAUGUUGUUCGACUAUAUGAGGUGAUGGGAAGCAAAACAAAGAUAUAUAUAGUUAUGGAGUUUGUCAAUGGAGGAGAGCUGUUUGAUAAAAUUGUAAACAAUGGACGGAUGAGAGAGGAUGAAGCACGGAGAUAUUUCCAGCAGCUCAUUAAUGCUGUCGAUUAUUGUCACAGCAGGGGUGUCUUUCACAGAGACCUGAAGCCUGAAAAUCUGCUGUUGGAUGCAUAUGGCAACCUUAAAGUUUCUGAUUUUGGAUUAAGUGCAUUAUCACAGCAAGUCAGGGAUGAUGGCCUACUCCAUACCACCUGUGGAACUCCUAAUUAUGUGGCACCUGAGGUCCUUAAUGACAGAGGAUAUGAUGGGGCAACCGCAGAUCUCUGGUCAUGUGGGGUGAUACUCUUUGUAUUGCUUGCAGGGUAUUUGCCUUUUGAUGAUUCUAAUAUUCUGAACCUGUACAAAAAAAUUUCAGCUGCUGAAUUCACUUGUCCUCCUUGGCUGUCUUUUAGUGCCAUGAAAUUGAUAACUCGAAUCUUGGACCCAAACCCAAUGACACGUAUUACAAUUCCUGAAAUUUUGGAAGAUGAAUGGUUUAAGAAAGGUUACAAGCCCCCUGUGUUUGAUGAGAAAGAAGAUGCAAACUUGGAUGAUGUAGAAGCUGUUUUUAAGGAUUCAGAGGAACACCACGUGACAGAAAAGAAAGAAGAACAGCCAGCAGCAAUGAAUGCAUUUGAAUUAAUUGCUAUGUCAAAAGGGUUAAACCUUGCGAAUUUGUUUGAUGCAGAACAGGAAUUCAAGAGGGAAACAAGGUUCACAUCCAAGUGCCCUGCUAAUGAGAUUAUCCAUAAGAUUGAGGAAGCUGCAAAGCCUCUUGGCUUUGAUGUACACAAGAAGAAUUACAAGAUGAGGCUUGAGAACCUUAAAGCUGGGAGAAAAGGAAACCUAAAUGUGGCCACAGAGGUAUUUCAAGUAGCACCUUCACUGCAUAUGGUAGAGGUGCGGAAAGCAAAAGGGGACACUUUGGAGUUCCACAAGUUCUAUAAAAACCUCUCAGCUGGUCUUGAAGACGUUGUUUGGAAAACUGAGGAGGACAUGCAACAAGUGAAGUAAAUAUGAAGCCCAAUCUUUUUGCGACCUGUCCAUCCCUGCAAAAUGUUCCUUGGUUUCCUUAUAUCUUCAUUCUUUUUGCCCCAUCUUUUUUUUUAUUAUUUUUAGGUUUUGGGAUUGUUUUUCAAUUUUUUGCCCUGUAGGAUUAAAACAUGUUGGCUUCUCCAAUUGUUUUCCUGUAUUAUUGUUGUUGGAAAGCAUGGAUGAACUUGUUUGGUGAAUUACACUCUAAAGGGAUAUUUUACUGGAGGUCUCUCGAUUUGGGACCUACUUUUCUGUUUGGUCCCUGAAAUUCAUUGCUCUCUUUCACAAGGAAAAUGGAAAGUGGAAAAUGGCACCCCACAACACGUGAAAUAUAGCACAUGGUUUUCA